CCGGGCAGGUUGUGCCCGCCGGGCCCUCCUCCCUCGCUCCCUCCCCGCCCGGCGGAGAGGGGUCGGGGGAGGGGGCAGCAUGGCCUGUCCGUCCGGCCCCUUUUCCAGCGCUCAUCUGCCCCGGGAGUGCGGCGCCGCUCCUCGCAGGGAGAAGAGGUCCGAAUGGAGACAGACGGCAGCCAGCCCGGCCUCGCCUCCCCGGACUCCCCGCACGACCCCUGCAAAAUGUUCAUCGGGGGACUGAGCUGGCAGACCACGCAAGAGGGCCUGCGGGAGUACUUCAGCCAGUUCGGCGAGGUGAAAGAGUGCCUGGUGAUGCGGGACCCGCUGACAAAGAGAUCCAGGGGCUUCGGGUUCGUCACGUUCAUGGACCAGGCUGGCGUCGACAAGGUUCUGGCCCAAUCCAGACAUGAACUGGACUCCAAGACGAUUGACCCGAAGGUAGCGUUCCCCCGCCGAGCACAGCCCAAGAUGGUGACCCGAACGAAGAAGAUAUUUGUGGGUGGUCUGUCAGUGAACACUACUGUGGAGGAUGUGAAACAGUAUUUUGAGCAGUUUGGGAAGGUGGAUGAUGCGAUGCUGAUGUUUGACAAGACAACCAACCGACACCGAGGGUUUGGAUUUGUCACAUUUGAAAGUGAAGACAUUGUGGAAAAAGUAUGUGAAAUCCACUUCCAUGAGAUUAACAACAAAAUGGUGGAGUGCAAAAAAGCCCAGCCCAAGGAGGUGAUGUCCCCUACAGGCUCAGCACGAGGGCGGUCCCGAGUCAUGCCUUACGGGAUGGACGCCUUCAUGCUCGGGAUCGGCAUGCUGGGUUAUCCAGGCUUCCAAGCUGCCACCUACGCGAGUCGAAGUUACACUGGCAUUGCACCUGGUUACACUUACCAGUUCCCUGAGUUCCGUGUAGAGCGGACCCCUCUCCCGAGUGCCCCCGUCCUCCCUGAGCUCACAGUGAGCAGCAAGGGGUUGAGCAGUUCAGGAGGAAAGCUGAGUGGAGAGGAUGCAAUCCCCCUCACUGCGUAUGGACCAAUGGCAGCAGCAGCAGCUGCAGCAGCUGUGGUGCGAGGGACAGGUUCCACCCCCAGUCGCACCGGUGGAUUUCUGGGCACCACCAGCCCUGGGCCGAUGGCAGAGCUUUAUGGAGCCGCCAACCAGGACUCAGGGGUCAGCAGUUACAUCAGCGCUGCCAGUCCAGCCCCGAGCACUGGCUUUGGCCACAGCCUAGGGGGUCCCUUGAUUGCAACAGCUUUUACCAAUGGGUAUCACUGAAGCUGGGGACCAAGGAGGCAGGAGAUUCCCCAGUGACCGAACCGAGGACAGCGGCUGGAGGGUCUGGUGAGCCUCGGGGGAUGAGCCACGGUUCCCUUCUUCUUGAAUCAAACUGCACACCUGCCGGCUGGCUGCCAGGCUCCUGCCGCCCUGCCCUGAUCUCUCCCAUUGACCAGACCACACUGGACUGAACCCGAGGAGAUCAUCUCGCUUUCUUACUAACCGCCGACGGUUUACGCUUCCCCCUUCCCUGCCCCCAGCCCACCGGUUCUUCUUUUAUUUAUUUUAUUAGCUGUUAGUUUUAUUUUUUUAUUUUAUUUUUUUAUCUUUUUUUGGGGGCUCCCCCUUCUUUUUGUUGUUUGCUCUUUCCCGAGCUAGUAGACAUAUUUUAUGAAUUGGCUUUGUGAUUGUGUUAGGUAGUUUUUAUUGAGGAGUAUUUUUAUUUGGCUUUGAAACUGUUUUGAAUAUUUUCAACUCUGUUGUUGUUGUCGUCAGUGUUUUUAAAGCACGGUAUGUAAUGAGAAUGCAGUUCUGAAGGAAAGAAAGAGACGCAGAGAGAGCAAAGGCUGAGAGGAACUGAUGUAUUUCUAUUUUUUUUAAAGAAACUGUUUUUAAUUGUUUCUGUUUUGUAAAUGUGAGGCUUUGAAAAGUGUGAAACUCCAAGGAUCCGAAAACGUUGGACAUCGCUAUGGAACAAAACAAAUGUAUAUUUUGCUAAGUGAAAAACACUAUCUUACAGCUGAAAGAAUUUUGUUUUCCUAGGUUUAGUUUUACGUGGGAUUUUCUUUUUCCUCCUGUAUAAUAUGUAAAUAUCGCGAGCUGAACCUGGCUGCCACGCGCAGCCUGGCUCCGAGGAGCAGCUCCAGGUCCUGGACUUGGUGCAGCAGUGUGAGCAAUACUCUCCAGCAGAAUCCUGACAGGACUCCGUUCUUUUUUUGUACACCUUUUACUGUAAGAUUUUAAGACCUCUGAUGAGAUGAAAGGGGGGGUGGGGGUGGGGUGAAACGUACCGGCCAUCGGCUGUGUUGCUGAGCGGGUUAAAGCUGCUUCCAAUCGCUCCAUGUACAGACUCCAUCACUGGGCUCCGUAGUGCCAGUGUCUGGUUUGGCUUUAGGUAAAGGGCUUCACCGCCACCGUUUGUCUUGGUUACUUUGAAAGGAAUCCACUCUCCAAACGCUAUCGCUUGCGUCAAGAUUGCCUGGGAAAGGGGAUCCUCCUCCGGAGGCGAGGGUAUUGGAAGGGGAGUCAGCCAGGGCCGGGGGGAGGUGGGGAUGGUUGAUCUGUAAGGGCAGGGUGCUGGGCUGGGGAGUUGUUAACGGGGAGAAAAGCAUUAGGGUGGUGAUUUGGGGGCGGGUUAAGGGCUUCUCAGGGAUUAUAUGAAAUAUAGAAUCGCAGCUUCCCAUUUGCUUUACUCUGUGUUCUGAAGACUGUGGGAAUUUGUCCGUUGUGCUGUGCGGAGGUGAUCUGGUCCCUUCUCCAGAACCUGCAGGGGCUUCCCCUGGCACGAUCCAGGCCACAGCUGGGGAGCACUGUGCCAGGGGAAGCCUCCGGCAGGAGCACACGGGGCAGGUUUGGGUCUGGAUUUCAGUGAACCAAAGACCUUGUUUAGGGGGGUGAUUGAGCCUUUCAUUAAGAUGCAGCCAAACUCUUUUCCCAGGGAAAUAACAGCUUCAUCUUAAGUUUUAAAAAUCAUUCCCUCUCUUCCCCCAAACUGAGCCCUUGUAAGGGAGAGGGGUAUUUGAAAAAGGACUGAGAGGGCCAUCGUGCCCACAGGGCUCUUCUCUUCCAUCCCUCCCCCUGCGUGCCGGAGCUUUUCCUGACCUGGGUGAUACGUUUGGAGAGUUCUGUUUAGGUAAGAGGGUACUUAACAGAUUAGUACUGAAAACACAAAGCAAUAAUUUUUGUUACUGAGACAAGAGUCUGUAUGUCUGUUUUUUUAAAUAUUUCCUAAUGAAAGAAGAGCUGCAUUUUAUUGGGUUUAUUUUUAUUCUAUAUACUUCAAAUUUGGGUCUGCGGACAGCGCCUUCCUCCCUCUUGGUACAUGCGCUGAACUGCUUCUGUGCCCCCUCCAGACAUCCCAGGCCAGCUGUGCUGCCGCUGGGCUGUGAGUCACUCGCUGGCCAGUGCCGCCACUGCCUGGAGGCUGGGGCUCCGCUUUCAGGGUGGGCAUUUUUUUAAAAAGAAAUAAAGCUGUGUUUUUAAGCCAGUAAGUUAUUACACUCCAAUGUUUGUUCUCUCCACACCUGUAACCCUUUUUUUCCAGAUUUCAGUUUUAAAUUCCUAAUAAAUUAUUUGAAAACUGUCCUCUGUCGUUACUCGGGUUGGGGGAGGAUUUUCAUUUGGAGGGAACUGCAAGUGAGUUUGGGCCUGGCAGGAGUGGUGUGCUGCUGUCAGGAUGAAAGCCCCAGGGCUUUGACUGUGUGUUCUGCUCCCUGACUUUGGCAGUGGUCCAGUUUAUAAUGUGAGACAGAUCUGCAUUUAAUAGAGAUUGUGCCUCUCCUUUGCAUUACAGACGUUCGUAGCUUUGAGGAAGGGUCGUGUGGUACUAAGAAGGUUGGCUCUUCAGAUUCAUGGACUGUGGCGAACCAAGGAGGUUAGACUUAGGAAGGACAAAUGGAAAGAUAGGAAGAAGAUUCCUUAAUAGAUAACACUACAAGAGAAAGGUAAUUUCCAACAGUGUAAAUAAAACAAGGUGGAGAAUCCUGUGCAGCAGGUCAUCAUCACAGAGAAUUCUUAAAAAUAAUUUAAGGCUCAAGCCAGUGACUUUGGGAACCCGUUGUACACUGGGAUGGCCUCAAAAGUGCACUGAGCACCAGCAGCUUUGUGCACAGUACUGGUGAGGAAAGCCAGAAAGAGCUUUGGUGGAGAGAUCUUUACCCUUCUGGGAGUUUUCUCAUACAGCACUGCUGUUUAUCACAUGCUGCCUUUCUCACACUGAGUGAUCCCCUUGUUUAAAUCCCAGAUAUGAUAGUCCUUUUGAUCUGUGACUUAGCAAGGCCAGUUUAUUGGAGGUUCUCUUGGCAACAUCCAUAAAAAAAUCACACUGGGAAAUGGGAAAGAAGGAACCGCAGAGUCCUGAGGAUCAUCAAUAAAUGAACAGAGAAAUAAAACAUUGAAAAAGAGUAAAGGUGGCCAAGGUCUCAGCGGAGAAAGAGAACACUUAGAUAUUGAAGGGAAAGUCAGCAGCUUGAUCUGUGUCAAAGAAUCAAGAUGUUUUUUUCCCAAGUAAACUGAAGCACUG